AUCCUACGUUCACAAGAUUCGUUAUCAUUGAAUAAAUAUAGUUUGUCAACGCAUAGACCAGAGGAUACUUUCAUAAAAUACAUCUCUAUUGAUAAUAACAGUAGUCUUCACACUCAUCAUCAUCAUCAUCAAUCUGCUAGUCAAAAAUAUCAACGAGAAUCAUUGUUAUUUCAUAAAACCGAUUUCAAUCAAUCCAAAUCACAAUUAUCAAGUACUAAUACUACGAAUGAUCAUCAUCAUCAUCAUCAGCCAAAUCUACAUGAAUUUGAUCAGAAUGAGUUCAGUCAUGAAAAGUCAAAAUCAAUAAUCGUCACUACACUCACUAACUCUAUUACUAGCACUACUACUACUGCUACAACUACUACUGCUACUAGUAUUUUGAAUACUUCACUCGAUACUACAUUAGAUCAUUUGAAAUUAUAUAAACAACAAAACGAUCAAUUCCAAACAAAACCUAUUGCUCGACUUGUUCCACCUUUAAUAGGACUCAAUGAGAUCAAUGGUGUAAAUGAAUCACAAACAUUACCGUAUGAUAUCUGUAUCAGUAAUAAUCAUAGCAGUAGUAAUAACAAUAAUAAUAAUCACACAGAUAAUGAUGACAGUCUAAGUAAUCCUAGCCAAAGUCAACGUGAUCCAUGCACAACUAAUGAAUUAUCAAUCAAUAACAAUCAUAAUCAUAAUAAUAAUAAUACUAAUAACAGUACUAAUCAUCUCUUACAAGAUUCCUUCAUACAAUCAAAUUGUUGGCUACCAAAAGUUGCAAUGAAUUCAAAUCGUGUAAAAUGUGAUGAAAUUUUAUCGACUAGUUGGAAUUUAUUAACUAUGAAAAAUUGGAAAUCUGAUCAAGAGUUAAAACGUAAAAUGGGUUUAUUCAAUCAUAAAAUUAAUGGUGGAUUUUGGUUUCGUGAAAAAUCUAUCACUCAGACAAAACCAUUUGUUACUGGUCGACGACGAAUGGAACAUCAGUCACAGUCACAGUCACACCAACAGCAGCAGCAACAAUCACAACCACAACAACAACAUGGGCAUCAUCUUCAUCAACUGCAAUCUCAACAACAACAACAACAGUCGAAAGGAAUGACAUUCAGUGCGAUAGUGAAUCAUUGUCCAUUAUUGAACCAGUACUUACCAUCUAAUAAAGCAUUACAUUGUCAAUAUGAAACAAUGCCAACGGAAGAAGUUGAAAUAUUUAGUUUACCUGAAGCAAAAUCUAAAUUUUCAUUAGACAAUUCAUUGUCAAGUUCAAGAUACAAUAAUGUUAGUCAAAAUAAUAAUAAUAAUAAUAAAGUAAUUAAAAUUACUAAAUCCAUAUCACAAUUGAAAAAUGAUACAAAUGAUGAAUUGAAUCAAACGUCAAAAUCGAAACUCACCAAUUUAGAUUUGAAUUCAACAUUGAAUAAUUCCAAUGAAAUGAUGACAUUGAAUAAAAAUCUACAAAAUCUCACAACCAACGUGUCCGAUGUGAAAAAACUACAUUCAAGUGAAUAUAAUAAUUUAGUGAAAAUUGAAAAAGCACCAAUUCAUUUGAAUUCAUCGAAUGGAAUUCAUUUUCGACACAGUCAUCAUCGUGAACACCAACAACACCAGCAACAACAACAGCAGGACUAUACAUCACUGCUAAAUAAUCAUGAACACACAUCGUCCUUAUCACCAUCAUCAUCGUCACCAUCAUCAUCACCACGACGUCAACAUAAUAGUCAUAAUAAUAAACAGAAAACUACUGUUCAUGAUUAUGAUAAUGAUGUGAAGAAAUUAAAAACUAUUUCCAAUUGUGAAAACAAUGUACAUUUAAUUAAUCAUGAUACUUGUACAGAUAAUAAUGUUGUUGUCAAUAGUAAAUCGAUGGAAAGAUCAAUUCUAAUUGAACCACAUAAGCUGACUAAUCAGAAUAAUGGAAAAUAUUCCACUAAUUAUCAUCAUUCAGAAGAUGUUGAAACAAUGUUGAAAACCAAUGGGAAAAUGAAUAUUCCAAUGACUCCACAUAGUAAGUAA